AUGCUCGUCACCGUCGUCGAACAUCUUGCUUGCUACAGCGGCCUGAUGCUAUUAGAAUUGAUAAGAGCGCUCUUCGAAGUCUUCGCUAUCAUAUGCGGCGCUCUCUUGAUCGUACAGCUUUCCGGCUUCUUAUCCUAUGCCUUGACUUUCAUUGCCGUCGUGGCAGUCGCUUUGCUUUUCGAUGAAGGAUAUCUAUAUACCCAGGACGAAUCGGCUGCGCGGACCGAAGUCAGUUCCAACGCCGAAUCAGCAGUCGACAAGAAGAGCCAUCCGGAAACGAGUACCAGAGAAAAGACCGGCGCCGCGACUGAGAACCUCAACGCCGUCCCAAUUCUCGAACAGCCCAAUAUCAUCACCGAGCCAAAUGACAGCACCAUUUCAGGCCCGAAUGAAGAAUCAAAGCGCGAAGCCGACGACAAGCCCGACCAGUCGAACUCCAUAUUCGACGAAGAGGUUGUCAAUGCAGACGCCGCGAUAGCCAUGGCAGUAGCGAUCGCAAAAGCCAGCGACAUCACUCUCAAAGAGAAUCGACCAGUCUACAAGACCAAAGUCGAAAUUUUGCAAGAUUUUCUGGCUGUGAUGAGAGCCGUUGAACAGACUGGCCGUGAAUAUCUCGACGAGCUUCUUCGCAAGGACGAGGAUGAUCAUGCUACGGCAUGA